AUGUCCACCUUUAGCGGCUCGUCGUCGUCGUCGUCUUCGAGGUUCGACCGCGGCCCAGCGGCCAGAGGUGAGUCUGAGCAGGGUCGGAGUGCUCCACGAGACGUAGUUUCCGGACACUCCGAGCGAGAAAAGAGCGUUGGCGGCCGUCGGGCCGGCAAGACACAGACAGCCGAUCAUCAACGCAACCACGGUAGCAAAGAUGACGGCCCGGAUAGGCACUCUGAGCCGUUUGUUGACUACCUUGACGAUGCUCGAGAAUGGCAGCCCGUUGUCUCUGGCAAACGCCCAGAUCUGUCUGGAAAGCGCGGUCAGAAUCGACGCCGCACACAGCCACUGGCAAACCGCCGUGAGCGACAUGAUACCGAUGGCCCACUUUUUCCCCAGGGCGUCGUAGCAGAUCUGAGCAAACGGGAAGCCGGUCUCAGUGUCGAGCACAGCAGCAACGUCCGGCUUCAUGCAGGCCACCAGGCACAGCACGCACGCCCAGCCGCCAAAUGCACAAACCCCGACUGCGCUGAUGAUACCAAGAGGAACUCCGUACGUUGCGUUCUGGGCCUCCUCGGACAUGUGCACCGGAGAGUCGAAUGCGCCGAUCGACCAGAUAGCCGCCAUCCACGCAAGACAGAACUGCCAGCCGGUGCUCCAGUCCGAGUAGCUCUUGACGUGGCCGAAAAUGAACUUGGCGUCUCUUCUGCCAAAGUCCGCCUGGGACGCUCCGAUCGGCAGAGCCACCAAAAAGAUGAACAUCACCAGCGUGUUGGCGACUCCCGACACCGUCUGCAGGGUGGCCACGUUACGGCUGCUCACACAAGUUCCGAUGGCAGCCACGAUCACGCCCGCAGCAAAAACCGCGUACGUUCUGCCCUCUGUCACGUCGAAGUUGCCGUCUUUUUGGAUCACCACGAUGGCUAG